AAGUACUUGAAGUUUCAUACAGAUAUCGGAAACCAACAAACAAGUGCGCGGUGACGAAUCGGAACCAGUCGCUUCUGUAUUAGGGAGACAGAUCGAAUCUGAAACAUGGGUUGCAAGUGGAUUAUGCGUUAUGUCAGAAUUAAAAAGCUGCACAAAGAAGUGUCUCUGAUGGAGAUUGCAGACGAACACAGAAGGAAGACUGGCCAGGUUCCGGUGAUUGCAGUGGAUGGACCCAGGUGUGUGUGGUAUCUGUACGAGAACUGUGACUUCUGCUGUGGUGGGCAGUACAAGGAGUUCCGGGAGGCGUGCAAAAACUUCGUGCGCCAGUUCAGAAACUGCGGCGUGCGUCUCGUGUUCUUCUUCCACGGACUCAGACCCGCUGAAAAAUACGAGAAAUGGGUGCAAAUGGCCAAGGACAACGUGGGGAAAAUUAAUCAGGGGUUGCAAAAUCUACACUUGGGAGGUGGUAAAGCGCUGGAUCGUGUUCGGCUUCCCGAAGGGUUGGUACCGUGUGCCCGGGUAAUCUUCAGGGACGAACCAUCGACAGAGGUGCGUCUCUGUAUGGGAGACUACAACGGUGAGACUGCCGAGUAUGCAGCGAGUUGCGAAAAUUGCCUGGGAGUCAUGUCCAGCAAUGGGAAUUUUCUGGUGUACAAGAACAUACCAAACCUGUUCACAUUCGACAGAAGGCUGCAGUUAAACAAUGGGGUGAGGAUGUUAUGCUUUUGCCCGUCAGACAUCGCCUCAGAGAUUGGCGUCGAGCGUGAAGACAUGCCAGCAUUUGCGACGUUCUUAGGAAAUGAUACAAUCGAGACAGACGAGUUGGAAAACGUGCAUAAGCGGCUAGGUUGUAGUUAUGAGAACUUACAGGAACUCGUCUGUGCUGUAGCGAAGCUGGUGAAGGGUAAAACGAUAGAGGAAAUGUGCCAGAGCGCAUUUGGUGGCAGGUGGCGAGAGUUAUUCGAGAGCGUGUUGGCGGGAAUUGGCCAGUAUGACUACAAGCCAAAAGUAUCUGAGGCAGCCGCUGUGAAGGGAUCCAGGUGGUCGGAGGUGCUCCGGAGCAUUGAAGCGAAACACAGAUCAGGUGAGAUACCUGCAGUUAUACUGUCUGUGGCUCUGCAUCGGACAUUCAGAUUAGGAGAGGUUCUCGAAGACUUGGCACAUGCCAAGUACAGUAGCAUGACGACAGCAGAAGUCCUCCAGCCUAUGAGGCACAGAAUGUACACUGUGCUGCUGUGGGAAAGUGGAGAUGGCCCAUUCCGCGUGGAGGAACAGAUGACCAGCAGCACAGACCGAUACCAGUUGCAGGUGGACGUCGACAAACGGCUGCCGCGCAGUGUGGUACACCCGGGCCUGCUGAAACUGUGGACUGGAGAUCCAGAAACACGCUGGCGGCUCUUCAGCUGGGUAGUGGGGACCCCGGAUCCAGACGGGUCCACUCUGAGGUCGCUGGAACCCCAGUGUCUGGUGGUGCCAGCCGUCGCCCUGCACUUCCUCCGGCACGAGGCAAACCUUCUGAGUCGCCACGAGGCAGAAGUCUUUGCCGUGGUCGCUGUCACUGUGGGCACUUUAACAGCCGAGCAGUUGUCCAAGAAGAGGAUCCUUACACCAGACCCACGUGCCAUUUACCUGUCGACGCUGUUCGUCCGCACCGCCCUGCACGUGUUGGAUGUGGCCGCCGUGUGCGGACUGUUCUUCCCACGGGAGGCCGACUGCCAGUUGGACGCCUACUUUGAUGGGAAGUUCUUCCAUGAACUCUACCUCAAGGCUAAGGCCCAGUCGUUCGCAAGGGUUGGGAUUGACGCUCCUUGGGACCCUACCUACCUGGACCCGAUCCACAAGUUUCUAGAUGUAAUAGAAGGCAGCCACACUGAUCGUCAGUGA